CCAGCUGCCUUUUCCACACGCCUGCGCACAGGCUCGUGGAGGAAUGAAGCCGUUGAUCGCGGACGUCAAAGCGCGGGCAGAAGAGGGCGGCGGCGACUCCGACUCCCAGAAGGGAACCGUUUUCGUCUCUCUGCAGCCCAGAAAGAGAGAGAGACGGGAUUCCUCGGAAGACCAACCAGUCGGGCCCCUUCCUUAGCGAAAAGCAGGAAGGAGAUCAAAUAAGUACCUGUACGUCGAACAGUUUAUUUGGCGGAUCCUUGGCGAGUUACUCGGGCUUGAUUCCCUGCAUCUGAAGGAAGAGGCCAUCACGGAUAAAAGUUUGUGCCAUUUAAGGAAAAUGGCUCAGCCAAAAAACGACGAUGAACUGGCAAUACUCAAAAAAGAGAUAAAGGAAUUUUGGAGUACGUUUAAAACCACUUGUUGCAACGAGUCUCUGGACCAGACGUUGGGACUGAGAGAUCUGUGGCAGGAAUCCAUAAACAAGCUUUCAGAUAAAUGGACCAAGAGAUUGAAAGAAGGAGAUGACAUCAUCAACAAAUUCCAUGAGUAUACAAAUGAGUGCUGUCAGAAGAGGAAAUCUAUUGAAGUAAAACAGGAGAAAUUAUCCGAAGUGCUUGCAAACAUUGCAGAUGGGAAGAAACAAGAGACAGACUUGAUGGAUAGUAUUCAAGAGCUCAAGGAGGAACUUACCAGAAGAAUGAAAAUUAAAAGCAGAGCCACAGAGGAAAUGGAGCAAAGACUGCUUAAGGCUGAAGUACUUUUUAAAGAGCGGCUUGGGCUAGAAAUACGCAAAACAAGCGCAAAACAUCUGCAGUUUAUAUUCAGCUGUAUCGACCACAAAGAUUUUGACAAGCCAUUCAUCCUUACCCUUUCCAUAAAUGAAGAGGGAGCGUAUGAAGUGAUCUCUUGCUCUCCUCCGCUGGAUUGUAUAGAAGAGUUGCAGCUAAAAAUGAGAGAAACUAACAAUUUUUCUGCAUUUAUUGCAAAUGUUAGGAAGGCUUUCGUUGCCUUGACUUACAAAUGAUGUGUUGCUGUAUUUAUGAAUCUGUCUGUGUAUAUUCACUGUGUUUAGAAAUAAUAAAUGUUAGAACUAUGACUGA